AUGGCUCUAAUUGACCCCAACCAGCCUGACUUUGGGCUUGACCAGCCUGCUUUCGACCCCGAGGCCUUUCUCAAUGGCCUCGCCAGCCUCGAUGCCAAUGUAUCUUCUAAUGCUUCUAAUGACUUCGAGCACUAUCAAAUCCCCGAGCUCUUGUGCAGUUUCGAUGAAUUCUUCGCCAGUAUUCCUCUCGAUGACCUCGAUCAGUCUGGUUUUGGACAGUCCAGUUCAGCCACAUCUGUAAACUGCUUUACCCAGCCACUAUCCAGCAACAUCCCUGCCCAGGCACCCUACAGGCAGAUGCCAUACGACCCCUCGAUCGGUAUUGCAUACACCUCGGAGGACACUGACGUCUCCAAGGUCCGAAGCUGGGAGAACCUCAUCGCCCAGGCCAAUUUGGUCAAUGCUGGCGUGCCACCCUCUACUCCUCAGAUCAUGGAAGAGGAGACAGCCAGCCAAGGCCUCCAGAAUAUGGACUCGCCCGACUCUCUGUUCAAUUCUCCUGGCACCCAGUCUGUCGCGAGUGUCGAGAGUGUCGAGAUUGUUGAGACUCCCAGUCCCACCUCGUCGACUCCUUGCCCUCCCCGAGCUCCUGCAGCUACAACUGCACCUUCGAAUGCCGCGACAAAUGUGAUUGCAAGCGCCAUUCCUAGCCCCAAUCCUCGCGCCAUGCAGCUUCCGCGAGCGUUGACGAACCAGAAGGGCUAUGCCCAACACGUUUCACCAUUCGCACCUGUUGCAACAAUUGCUCCUCCUAUCUCCUCGAUGAACUCUCGCGAGCUUGACAACGCGCGCGCUCGAAUUCAGACCUUGGCUAGAGAACGCAACUACUACCAACGUAAUUUGCGGAAGGCGACCAAUAUUGACCCUAAAUCGGGCAAGACCAGUCUUCAGCUGCUGCAAGCGGAGAAUGUGAACCUUCGUCGGGCCAACUCCAAGCAAUCCCAAGAAAUCCAGAGAAUGAAGAAUGAGGCCGAAGCAGCCAAAGUGUCGUAUGCGACACUGGCUGAGUACUACAACGACAGCCUCAAGCAGCUGCACAAAGCGGAGCUUGAGUUGGAACAGCUGAGGAAAUAG